ACGCCACAGCAAUAUGAAGAGGAAUAUGACCAAAGGCGUGGAAAUGUUGAGCCAAGUAAGUUCCAUGGCUUUGCUUAUGAUGGAAUAUGGGUAAUUGCCAAAACACUGCAGCAGGCAAUGAAGAUUCUUAAUGCCACCAACAGAAACCAAAAAAUUGAAGACUUUAACUAUACCAACAAAGAACUUGGAAAGAUUUUCUUGGAUGCAAUGAAUCAGACCAGCUUCUUUGGUGUAACGGGUCAAGUUAUGUUCAGAAAUGGAGAGAGGAUGGGGACCAUCAAAUUCACCCAGUUUCAAGACAAAAAGGAAGUAAAGGUGGGAGAAUAUAAUGCUAUACUUGAUUCACUGGAAAUCAUCAACAAUUCCAUCAAAUUCCAUGGGAAAGAACCUCCAAAGGAUAGAACAAUUAUCCAAAAGCAACUUCGUAAGAUUUCUCUGCCUCUCUACAGUAUUCUUUCAGCACUUACUAUCUUGGGAAUGAUCAUGGCCAGUGCAUUUUUGUUCUUUAACAUCAAAAACAGAAAUCAGAAGUUAAUAAAGAUGUCCAGUCCUUACAUGAACAAUCUCAUCAUUCUUGGGGGAAUGCUGUCCUAUGCCUCUAUAUUCCUUUUCGGCCUCGAUGGAUCUUUUGUUUCUGAGAAAACUUUUGAGACUCUUUGUACUGUAAGUAAUUCUGAGCCAUUUUAUAUAAAAUUCAUCAUUAAGGACCAAAAACUAAUGGUGAUCGUUGGAGGAAUGCUACUGAUAGAUCUUUGCAUCUUGAUUUGUUGGCAAGUUGUUGAUCCUUUGAGGAGAACAGUGGAAAAAUACAACAUGGAGCCCGACCCUGCCGGACGAGAUAUUUCAAUUCUUCCCAUUUUGGAGCAUUGUGAAAACACUCAUAUGACUAUCUGGCUUGGCAUCGUUUAUGCCUAUAAAGGCCUACUCAUGCUAUUUGGCUGUUUUUUAGCUUGGGAGACUCGGAAUGUGAGCAUUCCUGCUCUGAAUGACAGUAAAUACAUCGGCAUGAGUGUUUAUAAUGUGGGCAUCAUGUGCAUCAUUGGAGCCGCGGUUUCCUUUCUCACACGAGACCAGCCCAAUGUACAGUUCUGCAUUGUGGCGCUAGUCAUUAUAUUCUGUAGCACCAUUACCCUCUGCUUAGUCUUUGUACCUAAGUUGAUUACUCUGAGAACAAAUCCAGAUGCUGCCACUCGGAACAGGGGGCUUCAGUUCACCCAAAAUCAGAAGAAAGAUGAUUCAAAAACAUCAACAUCUGUCACCAGUGUCAACCAAGCCAGCACAUCUCGAUUGGAAGCGCUGCAGUCAGAGAACCACCAGCUUAGAAUGAAAAUAACAGAGUUGGACAAAUCUUUAGAAGAAGUCACAAUGCAGCUUCAGGACACACCUGAAAAAACAACAUAUAUUAAACAAAACCACUAUCAGGAGCUCAAUGAUAUUCUCAGUAUACGCAAUUUUACAGAAAGCAAAGAUGGUGAGAAAACAGUGUUGAAAAAUCACCUUGAUCAAAACCCACAAGCACAAUGGAAUACUACAGAGUCAUCCAGAGCAAGCAAAGAUUUUAUAGAAGAUAUCAACUCCCCAGAACA